CAAUCUAGAAUGUGUUAUGUGGGAAGGUAAAAGAGUAAUACAUAAACAGGCUUUGUGUAGUUUACUGGAUAGAGAAGCUUAAAACUAGACCAUGUCAUUGUCAUAAACAGUAGAUGCACAUUUUUUUACAGUUGUAUGAAAUUAUUUUAAUUUGAAAUGAGUGAUCAGAAAUCAAGAUCGAUUACAUUAAACAAUCUUAGUUUGCAGCCAUGUAUUGACAAGCUCACAGCAGCUGUGCUUGCUGAUGAGAAGCAACUCCAGAAGUUUGCCAGUGCCACUUCACUGAGGCAGCAAGUCCAGAUUCUAUUGAAAACAUUCUCUCAUAAGCCUAAAGUGACCAUAAGAGAAGCUGUCUUUGAAAUAGUGAAGGAGCUGUCACGGUUUGGUGAUCGAGAUGAAAGCAAAUCAGAAGAAUUGGCUGAAGAAUCAAAGAUGCUUGGUUCCAAGGCAUUCAGUCAACGCCUGGAUGCAGAGGCACUUCAUUUAUAUAAUGAAGCCUUGCACCUCUGCCCUGACUGCUCACCCAACCUGCCCCUGCUCUACGCAAACAGAUCUGCUGUGCUGUUCCACAUGAAAAAGUAUCAGGAAUGUUUGGAUGACAUCAACAGGGCCCUGGACAGUCAAUAUCCCAAGAACCUGAAGCAUAAAGUGCUGGUACGCAGAGCUCAGUGCCUGCAGUUGUUAGGUCGCAAUCGUGAAGCCUCCAUAGCAGUGCAACAAGCUCGUGCUCUGUGCGAGGAUUUAGCGCCUGCUAAAACAAGAGACUCUUACUUCUCUACUCUUGAAGCUCUGCGGGUGCAAUUUAGAGAUGCUCAAAUAUCUACCGUAGCUCCAGAACUUGAUGAGAGAGAUUUAGCUGUUGGAGUCAAGACCAGCCUUCUGCAUGAUGAAACCACCAAGCUGGAUGGUUUGAAUGAUGAAAUGACGGAUGCACUCAAUGAUUACAAAAGGCAGAUCCUGAAGUAUAAAUUAUUCAAAGGAUCAAAUCCACAAAUAAAUUUCAUGUCUAAUGCUCUGGAAAUGAGAGAAGACGCGAUUGAAGGACGACACGUUGUGAGCAAAAGAGCCAUCAAGGCAGGUUCAACACUCUUCAUCGAACGUCCAUUUGCUUACAUGCUUCUACCCAAGUUCCACUCAACCUACUGCUACAACUGCAUAACUUUUCUCAAGGAUAUUCCUAUUCCGUGCAAGAAUUGCCGCAUCGUGGUGUUCUGCAGCGCGGCUUGUCGGUCCCAGGCGCAUCCGUGGCACAGGCUUGAUUGCUGCAGACUCACCCUCACCUCUGCUGGUGGCAUGGCUCAGCUGGCCCUCAGAGCCGUCGCUGUUGCAGGCUGGCCGGUCUGCAGUGCCGUAAUGAAGGAGAGCCCUGAUGCUGGCAGUGAUGAGAAGUACAACAAGUACACUCCUAUUGCCCGCUACAGAGCUCUCUACAGACUUGUGCAUCACAUCGAUAAAAGUCCUGUCGAAGAACAGAUCCAGUAUUGCCUU